GAUUUCAACAACCAUCUUCCAUCACGAGCAUCUCCCGGUUUCAUCGCUUAACGUUUGUCGCGCCGAUCGAUUUUUUCGAUAAUAUAGUGCGAUAUCAUAACCCAUAAUCGUAACAAUUAUCUACGCUAAAUCUACCGAUUAGAUAUCGUCAAGAUGGCUGCUACCGGGCAGAACUUCUACGAACUAUAUCGUCGAAGCAGCGUCGGGACCGCCUUGACGGAUACCCUCGACGAUCUCAUCACCGAGCACCGGAUAGAUCCCCAGCUCGCGAUGAAGAUCCUCGCGAACUUCGACCGCGCCAUCACGGAAGUACUACAGGAGAAAGUUAAGGCUCGCCUGAGCUUCAAGGGAAGCUUAGAUACCUACCGAUUCUGCGACGAAGUCUGGACUUUCCAGCUGAAGAAUGUUACCUUCAAGAUGGAAAACGGCGGACAAGUGGUAACGGCAGACAAAGUUAAGAUAGUAUCUUGCACUGCGAAACCGACCGGCAACUCCGCGUAGGUGACAAUCUAUGUGCUUCCGAACCGAUCGAAUUCUAGCUCCCCUCGGAAAGUCGACGAAAGAGGAUGCCGGAAGCAUAUUGCGUAUUGUUUUUGGAGCUCGCGACCCCCUUUCUACGCCCUUUGAGGUAAUGUCGUUGAACCUAUGCGCUGAAACGACCUGAACGAAUCAUUCUAUCAUCCAUCGCCAUAUACGAUACGACAACGAUGCAAAGCCCACACUUUUCGGACUAGCUCAAGUCGGAAGUCGGCCUCUGAGGGAUGAAAUCAACGGGGGGAUAUGGUAGCGGCAGGGCGUGAAGUUUUUGUAAGAUUAUGCCUUUUUUGAAGAUGGCCAUCUGGGAUCAUUUGCAUGUGGUGGCGUUAUUGCGUUAUUGCGUUUAUGGCGAGAUUUCGCGGCGUUUUAAGGAGAACCAGGCAUGUCAAAUUGUGCAAUUCAGAUUGCAGUUCGAUUUAGUAUUCGCAUAGGGUAAAUGCAAAAUUAUUGGUAAUGA